AUGCUCGUCACGACCGACGCCGGCUCGGACUACUCGACCAAGCCGACCCUGUCGGUCCAGUGGGACGCGACCGCGGGCCAGCUCGUCGACAAGCUCGCGAGCCUGCAGCUCGGCCCGGCCGACGCCCCGAGGCCCGACCCGCACACGGGCACCGAGGAGGGCGUCCACUCGCUGCGCAUUCUCGCCGACCCGAUCUACACGUACUACUCGCUCGCCGGCGGCCAGACGUUCUGGCGCUGGAAGCUCGAGAUCCCGCUCGGCGAGAGGGAGGAGGAGAUCUUCUACUCGGUCAACAACGGCCAGGAGAACUCGUUCUGGGUGCCCGCAUUUGACCAGGAGUUCCGCGUCAUGUACCACUCGUGCAACGGCUUCUCGGGCGGCGUCGACACCGAGGCGUUCAACGGGCCCGACCCGCUGUGGCGCGACGUCCUGCGCAAGCACGAGCAGAAGCCCAUCCACGUCAUGGUCGGUGGUGGCGACCAGAUCUACAACGACCCGCUCACGCGCGAGCCCGAGAUCGCGCCCUGGAUCAACGAGACGGACGUGAGCAAGAAGAUCGCGGCGCCCUUCACCGACGAGAUGAAGUUUGCGCUCGACCGCUUCUUCUUCAACGCGUACUGCGCGUGGUUCCGCGGCGGCGCGUUCGGCAUCGCGGUCGGCAAGAUCCCCAUGCUCAACAUGCUCGACGACCACGACAUGAUCAGCGGAUUCGGAUCCUACCCUGACGACCUGCAGGAGUCGCCCGUGUUCAGCAACAUCGGCUCGUACGGCUACAAGUGGUUCCUCCUGUUCCAGAUGUUCAUCGUCGACGAGCUGGACGGCACGAGCCCCGAGUCGGCCGUCGGGAUCCCGACCGUCAACACGCACCCGUCCAAGUCGCUCAUCAUCGGCGGCGAGGGCGCCUUCAUCCCGUACCCGAACCACUCGUUCCUGUCGUACCUCGGCCCCAAGAUGUACCUCGUCAUGGUCGACUGGCGCUCUGAGCGCAGGUUCGACCAGCUCGCGAGCAAGGUGACGUACGAGCGCCUCGAGAAGGCCGUGUACGCGCUGCCGCAGGGCGUCGAGCACCUCAUCGUCCUCCUCGGUGUCCCGAUCGCGUACCCGCGCAUGGUCGCCCUCGAGAACCUCCUCGAGUCCAAGUUCAACCCCAUGUCGGUCCUCGCCAAGAUGAAGCUCAUGCCGUCGGCCGUCAACAAGUUCAACGCUGAGGCGGAGCUUAAGGACGACUUGGCCGACCACCCUUGCGCUGGCGACCACAAGAAGGAGCGCAAUUGGCUCAUCGAGCGGUACCAGAAGAUGGCGGUCGACAAGCACCUGCGCAUCACGUUCUGCUCGGGCGACGUCCACGCGACGGCCAACUCGAAGUUCUACUCGAAGAAGAAGCUCGAGCCGAGCAUGGACCCCAAGUGGAUGCUCCAGUUCAUCUCGUCGGCCAUUGUCAACACGCCGCCGCCGCCGCCCGUCAUCUGGCUCGUCUCCAAGCUCGGCGCCAAGAGGCACAAGACGCUGCACUACUGCGACACGGAGGAGGAGCUCAUUCCCGUCUUCACCGAGGACACGGACGGCUCCAAGCCCAAGAGCAACACGGUCAUGGGCCGCCGCAACUACGCCAUGGCCGACUACGACACGGCGACGGGCGAGAUCCAGUUUGCCAUCUGCGUCGAGAAGAGCCAGGGCAGCGGCACGACCAAGGAGUACUACCUCCGUGCGCCGCCGCCUCGUUGGUGAACGGCCCUCGUCGCCUCAGCCCGCUCGGACCUCCCCUCCCGCCCCUCCCUCCUUGCCCCUCAUCCCCUUAGUCUCCAUCACUCUCCUCCAUCUCUCGCUCCUAGUCCUGUACCACCUGCGGCUACCCUUACUUUCACCUCCUAGCUUUCCCCCCCCCCCCCCC